AUGAGGGUUCGACCCGGCCCCCGCCUGGGGAUGCGCUUUGGGUUGGGGCCUGGGGCGAAGAAGGGGAGGGUGAGCCCUACGGGUCUCGCUGGGGCUAUGCCAUGGUGGUCUCUAGGUGUGGUCCUGAUGGUGACUACUUCCGCGGAUCUGGCUCUGACCGCCCCAGCCCUUUGGGCAGGUGGACUGGAGGAGAGAGGGGGCCCACCUAAUGUGGUGCUGGUGAUGAGCGAUUCUUUCGAUGGAAGACUCACAUUUCAUCCAGGAAAUCAGACAGUGGCACUUCCUUUUAUAAAUUUCAUGAAAAAACGUGGCACCCUUUUUCUCAAUGCAUACACAAAUUCCCCAAUCUGUUGCCCAUCACGUGCAGCAAUGUGGAGUGGCCUCUUUACUCAUUUAACUGAAUCUUGGAAUAAUUUUAAGGGUCUGGAUCAAAAUUACACAACAUGGAUGGACCUCUUGCAAAAAUAUGGCUAUCAUACACAAAAGUUUGGGAAAUUAGACUAUACUUCAGGACAUCACUCCAUUAGCAAUCGUGUGGAAGCUUGGACAAGAGAUGUUGAUUUCUUGCUUCGUCAAGAGGGCAGACCUAUGGUUAAUCUUAUCCCUAAUAAGAUGAAAACAAGAAUAAUGGAAGAAGACUGGCAGAAUACAGACAAAGCAACAAACUGGUUAAGAAAAGAAGCAAUUAAUUUUACUCAACCUUUCGUUCUUUAUUUGGGAUUAAAUUUACCACAUCCUUAUCCAUCACCAUAUAUGGGGGAAAAUUUUGGAGCCUCCACAUUUCAAACAUCUCCUUAUUGGCUUGAAAGAGUAUUUUAUAAAGCUAUCAAAAUUCCAGAAUGGUCUCCUCUAUCAGAAAUGCACCCUGUAGAUUAUUAUUCUUCCUACACUAAAAACUGCACUGGGCAGUUUACAAAGAAAGAAAUUAGAGAUAUUAGAGCUUUUUAUUAUGCUAUGUGUGCUGAAACAGAUGCCAUGCUUGGUGAGAUUAUUUUGACUCUCCACCAGUUAAGUCUUCUUCAGAAGACUAUUGUUCUGUUCACCUCCGACCACGGAGAGCUGGCCAUGGAUCAUCGCCAGUUCUACAAAAUGAGCAUGUAUGAAGCGAGUUCCCACAUUCCUCUUGUGAUGAUGGGGCCUGGUAUUAAAGCAAACCUCCACAUUCCAGAUAUAGUCUCGCUAGUAGAUAUUUACCCCACUCUGCUAGAUAUUGCUGGAAUUCCUCUCCAUCAGAACCUGAGUGGAUAUUCUUUGAUUCCAUUAACAUCAGAAGCUGCAAACAAUAAUUCUCCAGCUGCAAUGCAACGCCCUCCCUGGAUUCUGAGUGAAUUCCAUGGCUGCAAUGUGAAUGCCUCCACUUAUAUGCUCAGAAUUGACAAAUGGAAAUACAUAGCCUACUCUGAUGGUAUUUCAUCACCUCCUCAACUCUUUGUCUCUACAGUUCUGGUGUGAAUUAAAUAGCUUUCUAAUAAUUCAACAUGGAUACACCCACGAUCAAAACAGUGGCAUCUCAUUGACUACAUCAUUGAACGCCUGUGAGACAUCCAGGAUGUACAGAUCACCAGAUCCAUGAGAGGAGCUGAAUCCUGGACAGACCACUGAUUGGUUAGAGUGACUCUUCAAAUGCGCAUUGCGCCUCGCCAUCCAAAACGUGCCCAGACAGUUCGCGCAUUUUACAAUGUGAGUCAUCUUAGAGAUCCAUCUUAUUUGCAAACAUUCCAGUCCUGCCUGGACGACAAGCUGUCUGCCAAGGGACCACUCACUGGAAGUUCAACCAAGAAAUGGAACCAGUUUAGAGACGCAGUGAAGGAAACAUCAAAGGCAGUCCUAGGCCCCAAACAAUGCAACCACCAGGACUGGUUCAACGAGAACAACACUGCUAUUGAAGACCUAUUGAGCAAAAAGAACAAAGCCUUUAUGGAGUGGCAAAAUAACCCAAACUCUGCUCCUAAAAAGGACAGAUUCAAGUCUCUCCAAGCCAUGGCGCAGUGUGAGAUCAGGAAGAUGCAAGACCAACAGUGGGAAAAAAAGGCAGAAGAAAUCCAGUGCUUUGCUGAUACAAAAAAUUACAAACAAUUUUUCAGUGCCCUCAAGACUGUCUAUGGGCCAUUAAAACCCACCACCACUCCCUUGCUAUCCUCUGACGGUGACACUCUCAUAAAAGAUAAAAAAGGCAUCAGCAACAGGUGGAAAGAACACUUCAGUCAGCUUCUCAACCGACCCUCUUCAGUUGACCAAAGCUCCCUUGACCAGAUCCCCCAGAACCGCACCAUUGAACAACUUGACGUCCCUCCUUCAAUAGAGGAGGUCCAAAAAGCCAUUAAACAAAUGAGUGUAGGCAAGGCACCCAGUAAAGAUGGGAUCCCAACUGAGGUGUACAAGGCAUUAAAUGGAAAGGUGCUCCAGGCAUUCCACAUAGUGUUGACCAGCAUAUGGGAAGAGAAAGACAUGCCCCCAGAACUCAGAGAUGCCCUAUACAAGAACAAAGGCUCACAAGCAGCCUGUGACAACUACAGAGGCAUCUCACUACUCUCCACUGCUGGAAAGAUCCUCACCCGUGUUAUACUCAACAGACUCCUGUCAUCUGUUUCAGAGCAGAACCUGCCUGAAUCACAAUGUGGCUUCCGACCAAAUCGCAGCACCAUCGACAUGGUCUUCACGGUGAGGCAAAUGCAGGAAAAAUGCCUUGAGCAGAACCUGAGUCUCUACAUUGUCUUCAUAGACCUGACAAAGGCGUUCGACACAGUGAACAGGGACACAUUGUGGGUGAUCCUCAGCAAGCUCGGUUGCCCAGCAAAAUUCGUCAAACUGAUCCAGCUCUUUCAUGUCGACAUGACAGGGGAAGUCCUAUCUGGUGGAGAGACUUCCGAUCGCUUCAACAUCUCCAAUGGCGUGAAACAAGGCUGUGUCCUCGCUCCGGUACUAUUCAACCUAUACUUCACCCAAGUAUUACGACAUGCUGUGAUGGAUCUAGACCUGGGCAUCUACAUCAAAUACCGACUGGAUGGCUCACUAUUCGACCUUCGCCACCUGACUGCAAAAACAAAGACAACAGAGAGACUCAUCCUGGAAGCUCUCUUUGCAGAUGACUGUGCUCUCAUGGCCCACCAAGAAAAUCAUCUCCAAACCAUGUGGACAGGUUCUCUACAGCAACAAAACUGUUUGGCCUGACUAUCAGCCUCAGCAAAACAGAGAUGCUGUUCCAACCUGCACCAGGGAGGCCAACUAACCAGCCGUGCAUUACAAUCAACGGCACUCAGCUUUCUAAUGUCAACACUUUCAAGUACCUGGGCAGCACCAUCGCCAACGAUGGGUCCCUAGACCACGAGAUUAAUGCCAGGAUCCAAAAGGCCAGCCAGGCACUUGGGCGGCUGCGCUCCAAAGUCCUCCAACACAGAGGUGUAAGCACUGCGACGAAGCUCAAAGUGUACAAUGCAGUGGUCCUCAGCUCACUCCUGUACGGUUGUGAGACAUGGACACUGUACCGGAAGCACAUGAAGCAGCUGGAGCAAUUCCACCAACCCUCCCUCCGGUCAAUCAUGAGGAUCUGAUGGCAGGACCGAAUCACCAAUCAGGAAGUCCUCGACAGAGCCAACUCCACCAGCAUUGAAGUAAUGGUCCUCAAAACCCAGCUACGAUGGUCUGGACACGUCAUCCGCAUGAACCCACAGCAAAUACCAAGACAGGUAUUCUAUGGUGAACUGUCAGUUGGACUCAGGAAACAAGGUCGACCAAAGAAAAGAUUCAAGGAUCAGCUAAAGUCAAACUUGAAGUGGGCUGGCAUUACACCAAAGCAACUAGAACUCGCUGCCUCUGUCAGAAGCAGCUGGUGAACCCACAUUCACCAUGCCACCACCACCUUUGAAGAUGAACGACGUCAAUGUCUUGCCGCUGUGCGCAAAAGCUGACACCAGGCCACAACCGCACCUCCCGUAACAACUGGAGUCCCAUGCCCCAUGUGCCACAAACUCUGUGCAUCAGUCUUUGGACUUCAAAGCCACGUGAGGGUACAUCAAUAGAUGAUAAUGCACAAAGAAAAUUGUCAUUCUCGGUCACCGAGAGACUACCACUAACUAACUAAUUCAGUCUGAUUAGACAGACUCUAUCUUGUGCACAACACUAUACCUGACCCUAAAGGAACUACUGUUUUGAUCAUACUUUAAAUAUUAUACAUCAUACUUUAUAUUCUUGGCAUAUUUUAAAUGAAAGAAAUGUUAAUUCCUUAAAUUUAUCUACCAGAAACUUGUAUAUGCUAGAGCCACAUCCCUUUUGUCAAGAAGGCAAUUUUUUGCCUUAGUAGACAAAAAACAACAUUAUAAAAGAAAUUAUAUCUAACUGAAA